AUGGUCAACAUCGCCCCCCCAUGGCUUAAACUUAAUUUUGACGAUGCUACUCGUAGUGGAAUUAUGGAAGGAGGUGGAAUUAUUAGGGACAACAUGGGAAACUUGGUUCUAGCCUAUGCGGCAAAUUUUGACUCUAUCUCGAGCAACAUGGCUGAAGCCCUUACUCUCUUCUGGGGACUUAAGCUAGCUCUCGAUAUCAAUGCUAAAAGACUGAUCAUUGAAGGGGACUCUAAGCUAAUUAUUGAGGCAGCUAAAGGAGUUUCAAGGGCUAGCUGGAUGAUCAACAAUGUCAUCAAGGACAUUUGGUCCAUGAUAUUCUGGCUUGAGGAAUUUCAAAUUCAGCACAUCUACAGAGAGGGAAACGCGGUGGCAGACUCUCUAGCUACCAUGAGCCUGGAGAUAAAAGGUACGAGGUGCUGGAGACACCUAGAUUCUCUUAAUGACAAGAAGAAGGACCUUAUUGGGAGAGAACAAAUUGCCUCUACCGAUAAAUGA